CACCCACAUCGUGCAGGCCGCCGCAGCAGGCGACAGCCGAGAGCGCGUCCACCCGUCAGCCCGUCCACCACCCGCUGGAGGUGAGCAGCAAGGACCUAAACCAGACAGUGACCACGACUCAAAGUCGCCAAAACUCCGGACAGCCACGUAUUUCCCCACUCUCCAGACGAACCUUCUCGAUGGCGACGCUGACCUCCCCUCCAGCUGCCCCCGCAUCCACCGCCACCUCCCCCGUCUCGCGCCUCCGGCCACCGCGCCCCUCCCUUCUGCGCCUCCGCUUCUGGCCAGCACCAGUGGCGGCCGCCGCCGCCGUGCCUUCCCCGAUUGCUCUGGGCCCAGGCUGUCGUUCCUCGUCCGGCAUACGCUGUCGAGCCGCCGCCGGGCCCUCGCCGCCCUCCUCAGAGCCCCCUCCGUCUCCGCACGGUUGGCAAGAGAAGCUGUCAAGUUUGCAGGAUAGAGCACGGAUCUUCUUUGCCGUUCUGUUCUGGAUGUCAUUGUUUUUCUGGGGAAGUGCUUGGGAUGGAAGUAACAACUCUGGAGGCAAGAAGCGCCAACGAUUUCGAAAGAAGUCAAAGUGAAGAUGCUCUAGGAUUUACAUUUUUUCCAUAGGGAUAUAGCUUUCUAUGUUCAAGGACUUGUGAACAUAGUAAAGGUGUAGGCAUAGAAAGUUGCCGUGUUACAUAGUUGUAUUUCAGCAGCCGGUACCCUAAAGUAAAUUGCCCGGUCCUGCUGUAUAUAUUGCCAAUCAUGGAUAGGAGACAUGAAUGACAUCAUAAUGGACUAAAGGAGACAUGUUAUGUCUGUUCCUUGAUAUUAGUAGUAUUAUUCUGG